AUGAAACUCGUCCCUCUGGCAACGGUUGCUGUGGCAGCGCUGAUGUGCAUCGCCGGGACCGCGGGCCGUACGGUCGAUCGGAAGAAGGAUUAUGAUUACGACUACGACUCCAACACCUCGCUGGGGAGCGGAAACAGUGGCGGGUACGGUGGAGGCGGAAGUUACUCACCCAAGUCCGGUUACAGUGCGGGCAGCGGAUUGCGGUCGAUUGCGCAGGGUUCCGCCGAUCAGGCCAACUCGGCGGUCGCCAAUCAGCACGCGGCCGCCAAGCAGGCGGCAUACGUGGCUCAAAACACACUUGCGCAGGCAGCGUCACAGGCGGCCGCCACGGCCCAAGCGGCCCUGGCCGGUAAACACGUGCUUCUGCAGGGUCUGGAGCAGCAAAAUCUGGAGGCCCACCAGUCGCUCGAUGCCGAGAUUCAGCAACUGCAGCAAGCGAAGCGUUCGGCGAAAGCGGCUCAGCACGCCGCCCAACAGGCACUAAAUCACGUGCAAGUGCUGACUAGCGCGCUCAACAAUGCGCAGGUUGCGGCCGAGCACGCGCAACAGAGCGCAAGUGAGGCGGCGGCCGAGUUGGCGUCGCAGACGCAGAUGGUCGGAGCGGCCAAGUCGCGGGUCGAAGCGAUCGAGGAGCAACUGAACUCGGCACGCGUUGACUUUGAAGCCACUCAGGAAGCGGCCCACAAGGCGGCCGCUUCGGCGCAGGAAGCCCAGAACAAUGCGGCCGAAGCGGCCGCACACGCCGCCAUCCCGCUCGUGCACGUUGGGCAAUCGAUCGAUUCGCACGGCGGCGGCGGCCAUCACACGCUGCAGUCCAAGAUCGGCAAGGCGAACAGCAAGGGAUCGCCCUCCCACUCGUCGUCGGAGGACGAGAUCAACAGUGGCGAGAUCGAGGUGGCCGCCAACCACAAUUACGGGGACUUUAAGGCGUCCCAGCAGACAUUCAGUUUCGCCGGCUACUAG